AUGGCAAGGAAAGUGUUGGAGGCGGUGGCCAUGGCCAUAAAUGGAUGUGGAGUUAGAGUGGUUUGUUUUGUUUACAGGAACGAUGCAGAGGGUUUAGUGAGGUGGCCACCGGUGAAAACCUGGAGGCAUAAGCUACGCCGCCAAAUCCCCAACGGCGGAACAGAUAACAACCACGUCGCGGCGGAGAAUGGCUGUGGCUGUAGCAGGGCUUCAAAUUCCACGUACGUGAAGGUAAAGACGGAAGGAGUUGGAAUCGCUAGGAAAAUCGACAUCGGCGUCCAUCGUUCCUUUGAAACUCUUACAACCACCUUAAUGACAAUGUUCGAUAUACUUGAUGAGAAUCUGAAGUGCUUUAAACUGGCUUAUCAAGACAAAGAAGGCGACCGGUUGCUUGCUGAAGAUGUUCCCUGGAGGACCUUCGUUGGCUCAAUAAAAUGCCUGAAAUUAAUUAGAAGCAGAGGAUGGCAAUUGGGGUUCCACAUCAAGUUAUCAAAAAUCAUAAAAGUCAAGAGAUCAGUAGUUUAG